GCCAAAGGAACCCCCGAUGAUAGAAAAUUUAAAGAAGACCUAUGCGCUCGACGAUACAUUGCUCGCAACUUGCACAUCCGGAUUUGGGGAUCCGAAGCCAACAUUAAAAUUUUUCAUUAACAAGCAACAAGUUCUUAAUCCAUUAGUUCGCGACAUAAGUCCGGAAGAGGUUCACCGCGAUCUCGCAGCUGGCAUUGAACUACGAAGAACGAAAAUUCAGUUACGAAUGCAUCUAGACCGAAGGCACAAUUCAGCCAGCAUUAAUUCUCUCAGCAAUUUAACGUGCGUUUCCACAACAGAUGGUCUGGAUAGGGAAGUCGCGCCACCACUAAUCGCUUCCCGUACCUUCACUCUAAUCGAUCACAAUCAUGUUAUCAACAAUGAGAAAUAUACCUUUUCCCGAUCAGGAACUCUUCAGUUGUCGUCUGGUUUGAUAACUAUUGUCGCUGCGUUCAAUUAUUAUGCCCUCUUGCAAUAAGAAGGUCUAGCAAUAAGACUUUAUUGAUUAGAGAAGUGUUUAUACACCAUAUCACCGUAUCCUAAUAGAACACGUUAGACCAAAGUUUUAUAUGUGAUAAAUGUGGUAACAGUUUUUGUUUAGUUACUAAGAAGACUGACUAUUUGGUUUGUAAUUAAAUCUUUAAUGGAUGGAAAUAUCAGCAUAUUCCUGUUUUAUCAUGUGUUAAUCUUGAUUAUUUAACAGGUGUUCCUGUGGAAUGGGACUUUUCAAAUCAAGUAAAAAAAACAUAUCUCCUGAACCGAGAAAGCUAUUUUUCCAGUGAGAAUGCUUUGAAUCAAACCGAAACAUUUAGUUUGGGUUAGUCAGCAUUGGAACUUUUAUUAAAGCUCAACACUAAGAUUUUCAACAAGCUUUAAGUAUUUUGCAAUAUUCCAUAUGUUGCCGUUUGUCCCACUAAUAAGCUGCUAUCAACAAAAUGCAAUGUGCUUUUGCAUCCUUUUCAACAUUAUUCAUGAUUGGGUGGUUUUUUGGCACCCAAUGUGGCAGUAGAAGAAGAAGUCCACCUGAAAGAUGAUUGACCUUUCAAMAAAUUAURGCACGCUUAUACAGGGUGAUUCACAAUUGGCGUAAUUCMUUUUAAAGCGCUAUAGGGCUCACUAAGAGARUACGAGAAGAAUAUUGGAAAACAUUUUUUCGAAACUUUUUAGAAGAUUCAAC